GAAGCAGAUCCUGAGGAGGAAACAAGUGGAACUGAAGGUCAAAGUCCAACAGGUGGAGGUGGAUUCAGAGGAGGAGUCUGUCCUGCUGCCCUGGAAAACCACAUUACAUAUAGAGGACGUCAGUCAGCUCACAGUGGAGUGGACGGACGAUGAUGACAAGAAGGUCCAUGUGUAUGAGGACGGCUCUGACAGAACUAAUGAACAGUACCAUAAAUACAGAAACAGAACAGAGAUGAAAGAAGACCCACUGAGAACUGGAGACCUCAGUCUGACCCUGAAACACCCCACAUACCGGGACACCUACACCUGCACCGUCUACAACAGAGACAAGCAGAUCCUGAGGAGGAAACAAGUGGAACUGAAGGUCAAAGCCCAACAGGUGGAGGUGGAUUCAGGGGAGGAGUCUGUCCUGCUGCCCUGGAAAACCACAUUACAUAUAGAGGACGUCAGUCAGCUCACAGUGGAGUGGACGCACUGUUGUGACGGGAAGGUCCAUGUGUAUGAGGACGGCUCUGACAGAACUAAUGAACAGGACGAUGAAUACAGAAACAGAACAGAGAUGAAAGAAGACCCACUGAGAACUGGAGACCUCAGUCUGACCCUGAAACACCCCACAGACCAGGACAACCACAUCUACACCUGCACCGUCUACAACAGAGACAAGCAGAUCCUGAGGAGGAAACGAGUGUUUCUGUGGGUCACAGGUCAACAGGUGGAGGUGGAGGAGGGGGCGUGGUCGGCCCUGCUGCCCUUCAGAACGACCCCUGACCUGCCUCAGGACGCCAGAGUGGGGUGGUGGUACCGUCCUAAUGACCUGAAAAACGUACGUGUCCAUGUGUAUGAGAAGAAGUCAGCUCAACAUUUUCAACAGGACGACAGAUACAGAAACAGAACAAAGAUGAAUAAAGACCCAUGGACGACUGGAGACUUCAGUCUGACCCUGAAUGACCCCCAACAGGACGACUCUGGAAGAUAUUUAUGUUUAGUCAGCAGAGAUGGAGUCUCCCUGAGAAGGAAAGCAGUGAAGCUGAAGGUCAAAGGCAUCACACUGCGAGAAGACUCCUCCUCCAUCGUGCACCACAGACCAGCAGAGUCCUUCUACACCCUGUGGGCCCUCUUCUUCAUCACCUACAGUACCAUAGAAUGUCAGCUGCAUCUCUGCAGGAAUCCUCCUCCCCUGAAGGACAACGCAGGCACCAGAGUCCCAGAAGAAGAUGGACAACACUUUCCAAACUGA